AUGUCCAGUUUCAUUCGCACAGUACCCCGGAUUAGAAGCGCAGUGCUGCGCAGCGCAAGACUGCAGCUGCGGACGUACGCGUCGUCGUACCCACCACACACAGUGAUCGGGAUGCCUGCGCUGUCGCCCACGAUGACGCAGGGCAACAUCGCGGUGUGGAACAAGCAGGUGGGCGACAAGCUGGAACCCGGCGAGGCCAUCGCGGAAAUCGAGACCGACAAGGCGCAGAUGGACUUCGAGUUCCAGGAAGACGGGUUCCUGGCCAAGAUCCUGGAGCCUGCGGGCGCCAAGGACCUACCCGUGGGCAAGCCCAUCGCCGUGUACGUGGAGGAGGAGGGCGACGUGGCCGCGUUCAAGGACUUCAAGGUCGAGGAGACCGCGCCCGCCAAGAGCGAGAAGCCUGUCGCGGACGCCAAGCCUGCUGAGGACAAUAAGUCCGCCAAGGAUGACAAGCCCGCCAAGAAGCCUAGCGCCUCGAAGCAGGCCGCCUCGGGCAAGCCUGCCGGCGACCGCAUCUUCGCGUCGCCACUGGCCAAGAACAUCGCGCUGCAGCACGGUGUCGCGCUCAAGUCCGUCACGGGCACCGGUCCCCACGGCAGAAUCACCAAAUCCGACGUCGAGGAGUUCCUGAGCAAGUCUCCAGCGGCCUCUGCAGGUGGCUCGGCCGCCGCGGGCACUGCGGCCGCUGCUGCCGCGCCAGCGGGCCCUGGCGCUCAGUACGAGGACAUCCCUAUCUCCAACAUGAGAAAGAUCAUUGGCGACCGUCUGCUCGAGUCCACUUCCGGCACCCCCGCCUACAUCGUGUCCUCGCAGAUCUCAGUCUCCAAGCUGCUAAAGCUCAGACAGUCGCUCAACGCCUCUGGCAAGGACCAGUACAAGCUCUCUGUCAACGACAUGCUGAUCAAGGCUGUCACCGUGGCUGCACAAAGAGUGCCUGACGCCAACGCCUACUGGCUGGCCAACGAGGGCGUGAUCCGCAAGUUCAAGAACGUCGAUGUCUCCGUCGCUGUCGCUACGCCCAACGGCCUCCUGACCCCUAUUGUCAAGAACGCCCACGCCAAGGGCCUCGUCUCCAUCUCUUCUGAGAUCAAGGAGCUCGGCAAGCGUGCCAAGAUCAACAAGUUGAAGCCUGAGGAGUUCCAGGGCGGUACCAUCUGCAUUUCCAACCUGGGUAUGAACAACGCCGUUUCCAUGUUCACCUCCAUCAUCAACCCACCCCAGUCUACCAUUCUGGCCAUUGGCACCGUGCAGAGAGUUCCUGUGGAGGACGCUGGCGCUGAAUACGGCUUCAUCUUCGAAGACAAGAUCAACAUCACCGGUACCUUUGACCACAGAACCAUCGACGGCGCCCGCGCUGGCGACUUCAUGAGGGAACUCAAGAAGGUGGUCGAGAACCCUCUCGAGAUGCUGCUAUAA